AUGGCUCAAUUACUCUUCAACAAUAUUACACCUUCCUCAGCUGAUCCUUUCAUGGCUUCCCUUCCUUAUGAAACACCUUCUUCUUCAACCUUUUAUACCCUUUCACAAGAGACUAGUGAUGGAAACUAUUGCAGCCAAUUAUUAUUCCCCACUAAUGAAAAUAAUAAUAAUUAUUAUUAUUGCAAUCCCAUGAACAACAAUAAUAAUAAUCAUGAUUUUUCAUUGGGGGAGCUUGGAAAUUAUUACAAUAACAAUGGUAGUAAUUUCCACCUUGAAGAUCAUGAAGACUCUAUUAAUUUAGAGGUGAGUGAGAAUCAUUUGCAGCCUUGUUCUGAAGCUGAGUUGAUGAAAUUACCUGAAGAAGCUGCCCAAUUUGAGAUCAAUUGCAAGAAAAGAUCAAGGGCAGGAUUUGGGGAUAAUCAUGUACAAAAGGAGAGGAAUGAGAGGCCAAAGAAAACUCAAAAGCUUAUUACCUCAAGCAGCAUUAACACUGAAGAAGAUGGCAAUCCUGGCCCUAGCAGACAAAGCACAAGCAACUAUUGUUCUGAAGACGAAUCCAAUGCCUCUCUCGAUCGAAACGGAGGAGCUAAUAACUUGGGAUCGAGUCCGAACGGGCCGACCAAAUCCCGAGCUAGCAGAGGCUCAGCCACAGAUCCACAGAGCCUCUAUGCAAGGAAAAGAAGAGAAAGAAUCAAUGAAAGGUUGAGAAUCUUACAGAAUCUUGUCCCAAAUGGAACAAAGGUUGAUAUCAGCACAAUGCUUGAGGAAGCUGUUCAAUAUGUGAAGUUUCUACAACUCCAAAUCAAGCUAUUAAGCUCUGAUGAUUUAUGGAUGUAUGCUCCAAUCGCUUACAAUGGAAUGGAUAUCGGACUUAACCCGACGACCCUGAAAACACCAAAAGAGAAAGAAUUAUGA